ACAACUCAUAUUUCAUUCUACUCAUUUUUCAAUACAAACCAUAAUUGUUUCUUUUCACACAAGAAACCCAUUAACUCAUCUUUAUCUUUAUAUUCAAGAAAGUUAUAUCUUGUUUCUUGAUUUUCUUAAACAUGAUGUAUUUACCGAUGAAGAGAUCGAGAGAAGCCGAGCUAGACACGGCCCUAAACAACAUGGCUAAUUGCUUGAUGCUACUUUCAAGGGGUCCAACAAGCAACGAGUCGUAUGACAACACACCUGGCCGCAUCUUCGAGUGCAAAACAUGUAACCGUCAAUUCACAUCUUUUCAAGCACUAGGAGGCCAUAGGGCUAGCCACAAGAAGCCGCGGCUGAAUAAUGAUCUUGGCGACUUGACUCAUGUGGUGCCUGCGAAACCUAAAUCACACGAGUGCUCGAUAUGUGGGCUAGAGUUUUCGAUAGGUCAAGCCUUGGGAGGACAUAUGAGAAGGCAUAGAGCGACUACGACGAAUGAGAAUCAGUCUUCUGCAUCGGAUGAUUCGUCUUCUUCGGUAGUGAAAAAAGUGAACAAUCAAAAAGUUUUUAGUUUGGAUUUAAACUUAACACCCACAGAGAAUGAUUUGGAGUUUCAAUUCAGGAAGGUAGUUCCAACAACAAUUGAAUUAUUUAUAUGAUGGACUUUAGAUGUACUUGUGAUUAUUAUAGCAAAUUUUCCUUUUUCAUGUUUCCGUUUAUAUAUGUAAAUUAAUUACAGAUUUUGUAGAUUUUGUGAA